GGUGUGUUAACCACGCUUUGGAAAAAACUUGAACAUAUUGUAUGUACCUAAGUGGUAAACAGAUGAUAACAUUGCUUGGCAAAUGUCAUCACUGACAAGCGGCAGAAUAUCUUCGCGUAAUUGUUGAUCAAAUAGACAAUUGUUAUUUAAAAUAUGUCUAUUAGCGUCGAUAUUAAAUUGAAACGGGCCAGUAAAAUAUAUCAUGAAGGAGAGGUCGUCGCUGGUAUAAUAUUAUUAAAAACAAAUUCGGAUGUGAAGCACGAUGGAAUAUUUUUAAGCAUGGACGGUUCGGUUAAUUUACAACUUAGUUCCAAGAAUUUUGGUAUAUUCGAAGCUUUUUAUAAUUCUGUAAAGCCCAUACAGUUAGUGCAAUACACUUUAGAUGCUUCUCCAAGUGGCAAAAUACCUAACGGUAAAACUGAGAUACCAUUUGAAUUACCAUUGAAGCCUAGAGGAACUAAGUCUUUGUACGAAACCUAUCACGGUGUUUUUGUAAACAUACAAUAUCUAAUACGUUGCGAUAUAAAAAGAAGUUUCUUAGCAAAGGAUGUAAGCAAGACACUGGAAUUCAUCGUGGAAGAUAAAGUGCCUUCUAAAGUAGAAAAAGAAUCCAAGAAACCGGUCACUUUCAACAUUAUGCCAGAAUCGUUGCAAAAUGCAAGAGAUAGAACUAAUGUACCCAGAUUUUUUAUUUCAGGAAAAUUGGAUACUUUGUAUUGUAAAAUCUCCGAACCCCUAACAGGAGAGGUGGUAAUCGAACAUUGCGAAGCUGUAAUAAAAUCGAUCGAACUACAAUUGGUAAGAGUGGAGACUUGCGGUUGCGCAGAAGGAUACUCCAGGGAUGCCACAGAGAUACAAAAUAUACAGAUCGGGGAAGGAAAUCCGUGUAUAAAUUUGCCUAUACCAAUAUAUAUGAUAUUUCCCAGGUUGUUCACAUGCCCCACGUUAAGUACAAGUAACUUUAAAGUUGAAUUUGAAGUGAACCUUAUUGUGGUAUUUGAAGAUGACUACUUAGUUACAGAAAAUUUUCCCAUUAUAUUAUCGAGGCACUAAAUUUUCUACUAAAAUAUACAGUGUUGUAUAUAAAAUAUGUAUGUUAUUUACAAGUUAUAUAUAUAUUUCUAAAAAUAAAACUAAUUUUAUGUUGAA